CGGAUUGUUCCAGGCAGAACCGAGUCAAUUGGCGCUGCACGGGUUCAAAUUUUAAAAGCGGCUCUUUCCAUGGACGGUGUCGGCCUCCCUUGAUGUUCGCAAUGACGUCUCCAAGGCCGUCAACCCCGUCCUCCCACCGACCGCGAAAAAAGCGACGGCUGCUCGCCAGCGCCUCUUCGAGCACCAACAUCGACUUGAUCACCGGUCCAAAUACGAGCGAACAAUCCCCAGCCUUUCCGCUGGUAUCAUUUCUUUGGCCAGCACGUACUGGUGUUUCGCAAUGGCUAAUUCUUCCUAUAAUUCUCAUGGCCGUCGGGUUGUUUCGGUGGGCAGUAGGACUGUGGGGAUACUCAGGACAUGGCAUGCCGCCAAUGUAUGGUGAUUUUGAGGCCCAACGGCAUUGGAUGGAGCUGACAGUUCACCUUCCUAUUUCCUCCUGGUACUUCUACGAUUUAAAUUGGUGGGGCCUUGAUUACCCGCCGUUGACUGCGUACCACAGCUGGUUGCUCGGAAAAGUAGGAUCGCUAAUUGACCCCUCCUGGUUCGCCCUUUACGUUUCUCGUGGGAUAGAGAGCCCACUUCUCAAAGUCUAUAUGCGCGCCACCGUUGUUGUCUCCGAGUACCUUGUCUACAUCCCCGCCGUCGUGAUAUUUCUCAGGAGAUAUGCCCGUGAGCAAAGGGUCAACAUCUGGGCGGCUUCAGUCGCCCUCGUCGCUAUCCUCAUGCAGCCCGCGACUAUACUGAUCGAUCAUGGUCAUUUUCAGUAUAACACUGUUAUGCUUGGGCUGGUGGUUGCCGCAUCGGAAAGCAUAAUAGCGAAGAGACGACUAUGGGCUUGUGUAUUCUUUGUUGGUGCCCUUGGUUUCAAGCAGAUGGCACUGUAUUUCGCACCAGUGAUCUUCUCUUAUAUGCUGGGCUCCUGUUUUACUCCAAAGCUCAGGCUAGGAAGAUUACUUGGCAUCAGCCUGAUUACAAUAACCGCAUUCGCCCUGGUAUUCGCGCCUUUGAUUGCUGGGGCUGUUUAUGACAAUUAUCGCGGUAUCCCUAUGCCAAAUUCUCAACCACCCCUCUUUCAAAGCUUGCCGAUAUCGCUAAACGACUCAUCUUGGCUCUAUGCACCUUUGCUUCUGCUUUGUCAAUCUAUCCACCGGAUAUUCCCCUUUGCUCGUGGCUUGUUCGAAGACAAAGUUGCAAAUAUGUGGUGUGCCAUCCACACGUUCUACAAGCUCUCCCGCUUCUCCUCUUCUACCCUCCAAAAGGCCUCUCUAGCUGCGACAGUUCUUAGCAUUUUUAUCCCUUGCAUUACUAUCGGACGGUAUCCGCGGCCGGAACUUCUUUUGUUUGCUCUGGCAAACAGUGCGUGGGGUUUCUUCCUCUGUUCAUUUCAGGUACAUGAAAAAAGUGUGCUCCUGCCUUUGCUGCCGAUGACGUUACUCCUUUGCGGUGAUGGUGGACUGAGCAAAGAAUCAAGAGCCUGGGUUGGUUUUAGCAACACUCUUGGAGCAUGGACAUUAUUUCCCUUGCUAAAGCGGGAAGAGCUUCGUGUGCCGUACUUUGUUGUCACAUUGCUCUGGGCAUAUCUUCUUGGACUCCCACCAACAUCGUUUGAUCUGUAUAGAAACCGUGAAGGGUCUCGGGACCUGCACAUUUUCACCAAACUGUUACACCUCGGGUGCUAUUUAUCGAUGAUUGUUUGGCAUGUCUUUGACGCAUUCGUUCCUCCUCCGCCGACGAAGCCGGACCUCUGGGUUGUCCUCAAUGCCCUGAUAGGGACGUCUGGGUUUGGAUUAAUCUACCUUUGGUGUACAGUAAAGUUGGUCCAGGGAGCUCGAUUCACCGCCCAAGCCAUCGAAUCAACACAUCCUCGGAUUUCGAACACGAAGAAGAAGCAAUAG